AUGUCAUUAAAGGACUUUCAGAUAUUGCAAGAAUUAGGUAUUCAAAAUAUACUAAUUAGGUGAGGGAGCUUAUUCUAAAGUAUUUAAAAUUAAAAGGAUAGCUGAUUAACAAGAAUAUGCUCUAAAAAAAGUUAAUUUACAAUUCCUAUCAGAUAAAGAGAAGCAAAAUGCACUUAAUGAAGUAAGAAUAUUAGCAAGUGUAAGACAUGCUAAUGUUAUUCAAUAUAAAGAAGCAUUUUUGGAAGAAUAGUCUUAAACUUUGUGGUAACUUUUUUGAUGCAAUUAUUUUAAGUAUCGUUAUGGAAUAUGCAGAUGAUGGAGAUCUAUACUAAAAAAUUGUAGAAUGUCAAAAGAAGGGAGUUCUUAUGUCUGAAAAAGAUAUUUGGAAUAUUUUUAUAUAAGUAUUUCAUAAUCCUUAUAAAUAUUACAGAUUGUUAAAGGCUUAAAGGCUUUGCAUGAUAUGAAAAUUUAUCAUAGAGAUCUUAAAUCUGCAAAUGUCUUUAUGAAUAUGGAUGGAACUGUUAAAUUGGGAGAUAUGAAUGUCUCUAAAGUUGCACGAAAAAUAUUACUUUACACACAAACUGGAACACCUUACUAUGCCUCUCCAGAAGUUUGGAAAGAUCAACCUUAUGAUUCUAAAUCUGACAUUUGGUCAUUAGGAUGUGUUUUAUAUGAAAUGACUACACUUAAACCACCAUUUCGAGCUGAAGAUAUGAAUGGUUUGUACAAAAAAGUUGUUAAAGGUUUUUACCCUAAAAUACCAACAAUUUAUAGUUAAGAUUUAAGUAAUGUAAUUAGAGCUUUGCUCUAAGUUUAGCCACAUUUAAGACCUAGUUGUGAUAAGAUUCUAUAAUUAUCAGCAAUAGUAAAUAGGCUAGAUGAUAAAGUAUUAGUUGAAGAAGAAGGUGCAAAAUUUUUGCUAUAAACAAUCAGAGUUCCAAGAAAUAUGCAUUAUUUAACAGAUAGAUUACCAAAACCAAAUUAUAAUCCUAUUAGGAUGACUAAAAUUGAUAAAUAAUAAUUUAUCUAAACUUUAGCCAUUUAAAAGUUAAAUUAAGAAAAUUUGGAAGAAAAUCAUUCAUUACAUGUUGAUUUUUUACCUCGACUUAAUAAAAGAAAUGAAGAAAGUUUUGAUAAUUCGGUUGUUUCAAAAAAUAAUAAAAAAAAUGAUGAGACUGAUAAUCUUAUUAAUAAGAACAAUUAAAUUAGCUAAAUAUAUGGUGUUGGUGUAGGUAUCUAAGUUAAGAAAAAAGAAUAAAGAAUUUCUAAUAAAUCUUAAAAGCAUGAUCAUCUAAAAUAAAAUAAAAAAAAUGAUUUAGAAGGUGAACUCAAACCUUUGAUUAUAAAAUCGUAAAGAUAUACAUUUAUUAAACAAUUAGAUAUAGUCCAAAAAAUUUAAAUGAUGAUAGACAACCUUUGCUGCCACUCUUACCUACUAUUAAAAAAGAAGUUUCAAAAUAAAUUGAAGAAGAAUAAUUGAAAAAGAUUAAAUAAACUGAAGAAUUAAUAUAAUAAUUAAAGGAGAAAUAAUAGAAGCAUAAAAAGAAUUAGAAAUUAUAAAAUAACUGA